AUGUUUUACAAUCUGUUUUAAAACCCUGCCCCAGCUGCUCAUGCCUGACUGGGUGGCAGACUACGUAGGAGAUGGUGCAAGUCAAGCAGCAUUUUUCCUUGAUCAAAUCAGCAUUUUCCAUGUGUGAGUCACUACCCUGUCACCACCCUUAUAUGGCAUGGAGGGCGGGCCUGACUUGAAGAGUGAGAAGUGAGCUGCUUAAAAACAGCAGUGGCAGGAAACAACCGGCUUGGCACAGGCACACUCUGAGCCAGAAGACAGACAUGGCCGACAAGGAGCAAAUCAAAAAGACAGCAGUCAAGGUUCUGUGUUGCGUGGAGAAGGUCUCCUCCUUUGCCUCCUCCAUAGACCCCCUUUUUGGUGUGGUCACCAGCCUGGUAGGAGUGAUGCGAAAGGGCUUGGAAGCUAAAGAAGACCACCCUCUGGAAAAGGACUUCAGGGAGAUCCAUAACAAGCUGGAGAGCAUCUCCAAGAAGAACAUGAUGACCCUAAAGCAGAUCGGUAUUGAUGAGGUCAAUGAGACCUUCGGCAAGUACGAGGAGUACAUCAAGCAUCAGUACACAGCCUUUAGCAAUAUGGUGGAGAGUGUUAAGAUGCACCCAGAGGCCGCAGGUCAGCACAUGGCGAAGUUUGAGAAUAUCUAUGAAAGAGACAAGAGCGACCUCAGCUUGAACGUCUACUACCGGGGUGUGACGGGCACUGAUGCGGUCUUUGGCAGGGCUCUGCUCAAAGUCUACCUGGAACACUGCAACUACGACCGCAGGGUGAUGGAGCACAGAUGCUCCCACCUGGCCCAUCUCUUUCACAUUGGGCUCAUCUCCUUCAUGGCAUAUACCUCUGUCACCGAGGACGACGAGGAUGAAGUCAGGGAUAAGUGGGCUCCCAGAAUGGCAGACAUCCAUGCCAAAAUGCAAGACGCCCUGAGACAGUGCAAGUAGGACUGCCCUUAAAGUGGCCAUGUAACUGGUAUAACUGGUGUGGAUAAUCUACUGAUACUACCUUUUAUUGACGUUAGCAUCCUGAGAUAAAUUGCAAUAAAAACAAACCCAAAAUGAAGAAGAAUCAAUGGCUGAUUUUUGCGAUAAUAUUGUUAAUAAAUUGUUAAUUGUUUAUAAAAUUCAUUUAUUUAUUAAUUUUCCAUGGGUGGAUUGUACUUUCUUCUAUAGCUAUGCUGUUAAAAUAAAAUCCUUUAAAGAUGUAUUGAAUGCACUUGGUUUCUUGACCACUUUUAGCUGUAACACUUUAAUGUAGUUACAUUUCAUAUGCUGGAACUUUGUAAUGGCUGUCUUGGGAUUCAGAACUUGAUGAAUGUAUUCCUAUAUGAAAUAAUAAUAAUAAAGAAUUAACAAUA